AUAAUUAUUUAGCAUAAGAUCUCAACAAUACAAUAAACUACUUGCAUUGCAUAUCAUCAUCAUCAUCAUCAUCAUCUCUUUAAUUUGAUCAUUCUUCACUAUUUCCUUCACUACUAUUUAGCAACUAUAUAUUAUUGGAUCAUAUCAUGGGAGAUUCUUCUUCUUCUUCAUCUGCAUCAUACAUUCAUAUGGUGCAGCACUUGAUUGAGAAGUGUUUGAUCUUUCACAUGACAAAGGAGGAAUGCAUGGAAGCUCUCUCUAAGCAUGCAAACAUUAAGCCUGUCAUAACUUCCACAGUAUGGAAUGAGUUGGAGAAAGAGAACAAGGAAUUUUUUGAGGCAUAUAGUGAGUCUAAGAGGAAAAACGAGCGAAUGUCCGAGGAAGAGACAAACCAAAUGAUACAGAAGAUGAUCUCCGAUUCCUCUUCUUCUUCUAAAGGUUCUACCAACAACUAAUAUAAUUAUUAAUAAUCACAUUAUUCCCAUUUUUAUUAUUGAAAACGAUUUCUCACACCUUUGUGUUCAGUUCCUCAUCAUCAAAUUCCCUUGGCUUGUAAUGUAACCAACCAAAACAACAUAGCUUCUUUCUCUAUCUUUAGUAGUGUAUGUUUGUGUUAUUCCUCUUUUGUUACAUUACUAUUAUUGCAUGUGUAUUGUGGUCCCUUUUUUCUAUA